UGGAAUGAAAACUCAGACUUUCUGCGAGAGUGCAAAGUAUAUUUUACACAAGAUCUUCCAGCUUUAUCAGGCUUACAAACUGGCAGCAGAGUGUCAGAGCGCUGUCUAUCCUGGUGUUUUGGUGCCUUUCAAGUGCGACUUGACCAAAGAGGAGGAGAUUCUUGCCAUGUUUGCAGCGAUCAAAAAGCAGCACAAAGGCGUGGAUGUGUGCAUCAACAAUCCUGGUCUGGGACAGCAUUUGUGUGGGGUGGUUCGGAAUUUCACAGUGAGCCAGUGACAUUGCUGAAGGAUAG